AGAGGAGCCCAUGGCAUCUCUAACCCCCCCGACCCCUUGCGCCUGUGUCUCCCUUGAAUUUAACUUGGUACAGUGACCCAUACAUAGUGUAGUCUGUUUCUACAACAAGGAUCUAGGGCUCCCCCUGUGGAUGGAUGGAUUUGGUUUUGACUGAUCUUAGCUUGAUUGGCCAAAGGAUUCAUAUAUUGAACAUGUACCAGCAGGUAUACAAAAAGCAAUAAUUUAAUUGAGCUUUUUUCAAACUGAAUCAGUCAGUCAUUUCGAUCUCAAUGGGAAAUGCACAAUGGGGUGCCAGGUCCUGGUUGAAGAAACAAUGGUGCAGUGGAACGGUUUGAGUGGAUGAAUGAAUGAUAGACCGUGAGUUUAUGUCAGUUUGGUAUGAUGUGUGUGUUUUGGGGGUAAUCACGUGUGUUUGUGUGUGUGUUGGCGCGUGAAAUAAUCGCUCCGUGGAAGGAACAAGCCCUGGGAAUCUAGCAAAUCUCCAGUCUCAAACAGCCCCCCCCUCCCUAACAAUGAGCUAAACUAAAGCCUUUGCUAAACCCUAUUCAAGUAUUGGCUUUCCUUAUCCUUACCGUGUAAAGACUGGAGACUUGCUUUCCACUGCGGAGGCCUUGUCCAUAGUAGAACUAAGGCAUGUGUGGACUGUUGCACAACUAACAGGCUAACAAGCACUAGCUCUUAGCUACAAUAUGAUAACCUGGAGUAGAAUGAUGUUGCCUAAGGGCAACGAUUUCCCAGAGCUCACAACCCUUCCUGUCUGACCGUAGUCUGCAAAACUGCAUGAUAUGUCCCUCAAAAUGUCUGACUUCCUGUUACUGUAAUUUAAAUAUGCCAAUGUGCUUUCAUUAAUUGAAAACCCUUAAUCUAUUUUAUGAGAAUUUGUAAGAUUCUUGUUUGCAUAAAAUAGAUGGAGACCAGUCUUUUUAAUAAUAGGUAACAGAAUUUAUUCUCGGAGCGCGCUCCCACUUAACCACGAGCAACAGUUUAUAUACAGAUCAUGACGUCAUUUCAUUGCUUUAACAGAAUCCCCUCCUCUCGACCGGGACAAAGUGAGGUGAAAAGUUCAUUCUGACUUACUAACACACUCCCAGGUAACUUUUGACCCCUCAACAUUAUCGAUCACCACUGAGCUGACAGUUCUAAUUAACAGAAAACCUAGGAAUGCACUCACUGCCUUAUCUAAAAACCCCAGAGCUAAGUUUCUGUAGGUUCAACCAUAGGUUAACGACCUUAUGUUUACACAGUCCACAACCCAUUCAUUUCUUCCUAGUUGAAAUGGUGUUCAUUAACUUUAAUUACUCCUUGUUCGUGUCACACAAUCCCUUCUUAUGAACUCAUAUUGUUAAUCAGAUAUAAUAAAACGGAGUAUAAGUUUUACUUAGUUACAGUUCCGUUUAAAAUGAUUUGUUCAGUCAUUUAAUCAUCAUUUUACCCACACUUCCUAUGUUAACAGUUAGUGUACCCCUUUAGUAGUUAGUGUACCCCUAUACCGAGUGUGUGUCUGAGGGAGAAAGAUUUGAGGUGGCCUGAGGGUUUAAGGUAAAGAGUGUGAGAGAAAAGGGCAGUGAUGACAGACAUGACAGACAUAACACAGGAAAAGGAACAGCGGGAAGAGAAAACGACAGACACAGUGACAGAAAGAAGGAGCGGGAGAAGAUGACUAUAAAGGAAGUAGAUUUAAAGUUACUUAGGAACGCAUGCUCAGACACACACACACAGAGAGAGAGAGAGAGAGAGAGAGAGAGAGAGAGAGAGAGAGAGAGAGAGAGAGAGAACUGACAGACGGGGAGAAGAGUGCAGACUGUGGUAAUUGGUGGCAGCGGUCACAGCCGGCCUUGGCCAGAGUGUCUGAGUUUGUGAGUGUCGCUGUCUGGCCCCUGUGUCUCUCUACACCCUCAGAGCGGCUGUGUCGAUUAGCCGCCACCGCGCUGCUUAAGCACUAGCCAUUAGCGAAGAGAGCGAGUCGCUGUAACAAGGUCUCUAUCCUUCCACUUCCACUUGUAAUAGGAUGUAGUUGCUCUUAUAGAUGCUAAAACGUAUAAGGUCAGUUGAGUCUCAGCUAAAUGGUGAGGGUUAGGAUUUGAUCCUCCAGCUGUACUAACAGGAACAUUUUAUUCAGAGCCACUUCACUGCUGGCUAAUUGCUAACUAACUAAUGCUAAAUUGCUAACUAACUAAUGCUAACUUGCUAACUAGCUAACGCUAACAUUAACACAGCCUCUUUGGCUCUCAUAUCCAUUCAGAGCAAACUCAUAGACAUGUCACAUCACAGGCAGCAUCAAAGCCUAGUAGAGAACAGAGAGAUGUUAGAGAGAAGAUGAGAGGACUCAGCUAUCUAUCCAUCUAUCCGUCCCCCUCUUCCCCCCGACUGCGGCUGGCAUCUCUUUCAGUCCCUCUCUUGCCUCUAUAGCUUUUCUUUCUUAUUCUCUUCAUGUUUGUUGUACCUUCCUCUCCCUUCCAGAAAGUGAUGCACACUCGCAAAAGACACUCUGAGCUGUACCCUGAGCUCAACCACUCCACCACCAAGUUCCACACCAUAGACAGGUAUAACAGGGACCCCACCAUGUCCACUUUCAAGGACAAGUCGACCCCGACCCAAGACGACCAGCACUCCUGGGACAGCUUCAAGACCAUGACCCCUGAGCUAUCCAUCGUGCCGGGGGAGCACAAGGACAGGAUGGAGCUGCACAACAAGAACACCUGGGACUCCUCGUCUGCCAACACACCUGACACGUCUGAGGGGGACUUCCAGACUGAAGUGUGAUGAGACAGAGAAACACACACACACACACACAUACAGAAACACCCACACACACACACAUACAGAAACACACACACACACCGACAUACAGAAACACACACACACACGAAGAAACACACACACACAUGCAGAAACACACACACACGAAGAAACACACACACACACAUGCAGAAACACACACACAUGAAGAAACACACACACACACAUGCAGAAACACACACACACGAAGAAACACACACACACACACACACACACACACACACACACACACAUACAGAAACACACACACACACAAUGAAACACACACAGACACGAAGAAACACACACACACAUACAGAAACAAACACACACACAUGCAGAAACACACACACAUGCAGAAACACAAACAGACACACACAUGCAGAAAGACACAUGCAGAAAUACACACACACAUGCAGAAACACACACACGCAGAAACACAUAUACACACACACACACACACACACAGAAACACACAGAAACACACACACAUAGAAAUAUAGUAGUAAUAUAUUCACACACAUAGAAAUGCAAAAGCAGGUACAUUCAGAAUCAGAGAAACACACACAACCACAAACAAACUGGUUCAAGUGUAGACAUACAGGUACCAACAUGUACAUACAGACAGACACACAGCACUCCUCCACACCACUCUUCACACCCUAAGAUGUGCGUUCUACAGGAUUCUAUCAUUUGUUUACUACUACAGUGGACAAGGACAAAGGAAAGAACUGGUCUCUGCUAUAUUUUCACACAGACACUUUAAAUGAGAGAACAAGGGCGUGAAAACAGACUGGGACUGAGACAUUUUUAAAUGAACAAAAAAACAACAAAAAAUUCUUGAUUUUAUUCGCGGUGAAAAAAGGAUCCUCUUUCACCUGUUUGAUGAUUUGAAAAAAAGAAGAAUAUUUCUGCACCGUUCUGUUCUUUUUAUAGACAAGAAAUGUCACUGAUGUUUGGCACACUGUUAAACCCCUUAGGCUCCCUCCCUUAAUUUCUCCCCUCCUUUCCCAUCUAAUGGAUGACGCAAGCGCUCAGAUUUUUCCCCCUUCGUUUUCGGAGGGGUCGGGCAGGGGGCGGUAGGGAGGUGUAGAACGGAUCAUUGACAUGUGCAAUCCUCUGCUGUUGCUGCCGUCCAAGUGUCUCACACUCUUCUCUCAUCAUCCUUUUUCAAAGUCGUGUUGAUUUUCCUUUUUGUAUUUUUUAUGAUUUUAUGAUGUCCUUCGUCUUAGUUUUUUUGUGUUUUGUUUGAACAAAAAUAUGAGGGACACAAAAAAAAAAUGUCCAACAGUUUCAAUUGUUGUCUCAUUGUCUAUUCCAUGAAAGUCUCAUUUUAUUUAGAUUUUCGGUUCAUGCUUGUGCUGCCUUUUUCCUGUGAGAAUUUUUCCAUGUGGGAUUUUACAGAAUGAUUUAUAACACAUCUGUGAGCUUGCUUUCUGAGGUAACAUGCAUGGCAUGUUCUCAAUGGUACACCUGUGGGAAUUGAAAAAAAGAGUAUCAUCUAGAUUCACA